CACAGAGCUGAAGUGUUUCAACCACAUGAACCAACCCAGCGGAAAAGAAGCGCACCGAGUCAGAUAAACCCUUUCCAUGCGUCAUUUGGACCCUCAGACUGGAUUGUAAGCUGCGCGCAGGGGGCGCCUCAUACACAGAGCUACAUUUGAACGACUUCUUUAUUGGGACAGUUCAUUUCUCUUAUUCUCUUUGAAUAUAAAGCUAGAUAGGAUCGGAAAGACGCAGCGAUGACAGUCGUGAUUGCUUCCCCCCUAAGUUGCUGAGACUUCACCCCGCUUUAUUCUUGCACCUGCUUUCUGACGCUCCUAGAAAUAUGCAAAGGAGAUACAGGAUGAAGUUGGUUUUGAUUGCAGCCUUGCUUGGACUGGCUGAUUCCAGAGCCUCUGUGAAUUCUUGUCCGUCGGGCAAGAAUACGACCAGUGGACAAUGCUGCAAGCAGUGUCCGCCCGGCGAGGGCGUUGUCUCACCCUGCGAAGCCAAACAGACUGUGUGCGCUCCAUGCCUUGACAGUGAAACUUUCUCAGAGAGCUUCAGCCACACUGAAAAAUGCAAGCUUUGUACAAAAUGUACUGGACUGCUCCGCAUGCAGACGCCCUGCACCGAUACCAACGAUGCCAUUUGCACAUGCAACUACGGCUACUAUCUAAACAGGGUCACUCAAAGGUGUGAAGCUUGCACCAAAUGUCCCGAAGGCCAGGGCAUGUUGUACAAGUGUGAGUCGGACCAUGACACAGUGUGCGAGGAAUGCACCGACGACACUUUCUCUGACCAGGAUAAUUACAGGGACCCAUGUAUUCCCUGUACAACGUGUGAUGAGGAAGAUGAGGUGUUGCAGGAGUGCACCUCUAUCAGCGAUACUGUUUGCAAAUCAAACGACCCAAUAGAUGUAAGCACAUUUUCUCCAAGUCCUUCGGACCCCCCUGAGGUUUUCAACCCACUAGGGGACCUCCCACCAGAGAUCACUACUGAAAGCAAUACUAACACCACUGAUGGACACCCCCCAGAAAGACUCAACCCGGGAUUGAACGAUAAGCUCAUCCCCAUCUACUCCUCCAUCCUGGCAGCGGUUGUUGUAGGACUUGUGGCCUUCAUUGUCUUUAAGAGGUGGAACAGCUGUAAGCAGAACAAGCAAGGAGCCAACAACUGCACGACCAACACCAACCAGACUCCGUCACCGGAGGGAGAGAAGCUCCACAGUGAUAGUGGUAUUUCUGUCGACAGCCAAAGUCUGCAAGAGCAGCAGGGCCAGACUCAGUCACAAACUGUUGUGACUAUCGAUGAAGAACCUUGUCUGCUCCUUCCUCUUCAAACCAGAGAGAACGUGGAGAAGCUGCUUUCCCGAGGCAAUGAAGGAGGAAACUCUGACCACAUGCAGGACAGUGACUGGUGCAACCUGGCAGGUCUUCUCGGAUACGAGGAGGAGCGGAUUGCGACCUUUCAGCUGGAGGAGCAUCCGGUCCGAGCGCUCCUGUCUGAUUGGGCAAGGAAGGACUGUGCAAGCAUCGAGGCUUUGUGCACAGCGCUUCGCAAGAUCAACCGCGAGGAUGUUGCUCAAAGUCUGGUCCUCAGCCCUGGUGGUACAAAGCCGACUGCUACUUCCGUGGUUUAACUUUUCUGCAUAACUUUCAGCAAAAACUUAACACCUGAACCUUAAUGUUUAAGUACUUCAAAAACAGUGUCUUAGAUUAUUCCACACGUUAACCCCUGAAACAGUUGCUUGAUAUUAUGUCUUCAUGAUAUGAUCCAAGAAAUCCCUAAAAUUAUAUUUAUCAAAAAGAAUGUAUAACAUAACGAAUAUAUCAAAAAAACAAUUCCACCCAAGUCCACCCGUUAAUUGCAAGAAUAUGUUUAAUUAGGUUAAUUAUUUGAACUGUUAAACCAAAUGGAAAAUGAAAUCAAUUUGAAAGUUGAAAAAGUGCAAUUCAAUUGGACUGAUGGUGAUAAAAUCCUCUAACCAAACACAGUGUCGAGCUGUUGUGUGCUCUGAACACAAAUUUCCGUGGACAACCUUGUGUUAGCUUCCUUCUGCCUUAUCCUCUAUCUCUCUGGCCCUGCCACUGUUUACUCUAUGUUCUACUACAUCCACGUAACCAAAGAAGCAGAAGUGUUUCCAGACCUGACCUGCUCAGUGACAUUAUUUACAUGCCAUGUCAGACCUUUAAAAUGUAAUUUGACAAAUGGCUUGCGUCUGUUACAACUGAGUUGGUUUCUUUUACUGGAUGAGGUUGUCAUUCUUGUAAGUCUUUGGAUACGUGCAAAUAUGACGGCCUAAGGAGGUGAAAAUGGAACCCAUCCCUUCCCUCCCUCAUUAGUAGCAGUGCAUGUGGAUAUUCUUGUUUUUGUUUUGUUUUUAUUUUUCAUCUAGUGCUAUAAAAAGUGCUAGUUGCAACCUGUGAUUGUAGGCCCAGGUUUUUAGCCAGUGAAACAUGACUCAAGUAUCUCAAUUACUCAAAUAACUCAUUACCCUAAAAAUGGUACAAAACGUGUAGAAAUCCUGCAUACUAUAUUUACAUCGUAAACAAGUAGACUACUAAUGUAGGCAUAGAUUUAGUUGACAUUCAUAAACACCUACCGUCCGUAGCUCUGCAUGCAUGUAGUGUGCUGAACAAACACACAAUCAUAUUUUUUUGUGCAUUUGCAUCUAAAUGUAUGAGAGAAACAGAAACAAAACUCUCAAUUCUGCCACAUAUAAGGCAAUGGCAGACUCUCUUGAUGGGACCAUAUACUGUUUAAUGUUGAUAUUUGUGGCAAUUUGAUUUGACUUUUUUUGGGCAACAUGAUGUAUUACAGCAAACACACUAUAUAAGGAAAAUGCAAAAAUGAAUUAAAGUGCUUAACUUGGGUAAGAAAGCUAAGUUAUUAUUAUAAGUACUUUGUAACUCGCAUAAAAAAAAAUAAAGUUUUCAUUUCGUGUUAACUCCUAGCUGACUCAACACAUACAGCUUUAGUCUGAAGAACAUUUAAAUCCUGCUUUGGCUGACAAUGUCUUCUUAUGAAGAAGCUGAAGCUAAUGGUGGCCUGUUUCCUUUGUUUUGGUAUUUCCUGUCAGUUAUUCAGUGACUGAAUUAACUGCAGUCGAAACUUAGAGAAAAAGUUGUGCUUCUGGAACGUAGUGCUUUGCUUUGAAUGUCAUGCUAUCUGGAGAGCACUCUGCCCUGAUUAUAUCAUAUAAGAUGAGUAACUGUGAGGUGCAGCAACCGGGACAUUCUCUCUUUCAUUGUUAAUCUCGUUGUGAACUAUUAAAACACUUGGAUUAUUAGGUAAAAUCCUUUAAACCCUGUUACAAUAAAACUCUUUAACAUGUGAAACUACGACCAUCAAACUUUUUGUUGCCAAAAUUCUCAGGGAAUUAGAGCUCAACUCUUAAACAGUCAACAACUGAAUACAUUUGCUUUAGGAUGACUAAAUAUGUCAUUAUUCUUGCAAUGGACAAUCCUUCUAACGGACGAAUUGGACGUAGAAACUGGUCUGUAGAAAAAAGCUAAAUAGGAGAGUGGAGUUUUGUUUCCUCUUUGUUUGCAACAAUGACUGCCAAAUAAAAGGCAAACUAGCUGAGACAAAAGUCACAGGAUGUAUGAGAAAUGGAGACGUUUCAGAUUACUUCAAUCAAUGCAAAGGUAAAACCCAGGUAUAAACGUUUAUCAGCUCUUUCAGGUGAAAGCAUGCAGACUGUUUUUACAUUGCAUUGUAGUCUCUUAAUUUGAAUUUGUGGGAAUAUUUUUUUGAUCUAAUGUGACGUUUUAUUUUUGUAAAUUGUGUUUUUUUGUUGAGGGCAAUUUGGACCUACAUUUUUUGUUCACUGCCUGUAUGAGGAAAACAUCAGAAGAUACAAGCAACACGGCUAACUGACCCAACUCUCCAUCUUGAUCUGUUACAAUGAAGCACAGAUUCCUAUUAUUCACUAGAAUACUGAUCAUAAUGUGUUGUAUUACUUUGUAUGAAGGUAUUGUUACUACUCCUAGUACUCCAAAGGUUGUUUGAUUCCUAACAAGCAAUUUCAAAUGGUAUUACAUUUCUGUUUGAUUGUAGCACUUAAAUGUGUAAUUAUUCAUGUUUUCUAUGCAUCACAAGUGCCUGGGAACUUCAGGUGAAUGUUGAUGUUGUACAUUUGUUGAUUUUAGGAAUUUGUAAGUGUAAUGAGCUUUUUUUUUUCUUCAGCUUGUAAAUAAUUAGCAUUUAUUCCUUAGUUUAGUUAAAGUCUUGUAGUUGCCGCUAUACAGUAAAAAUGUAAACAUUGCUUACUCUA